UGAAGUCUCAGUUUCUACAGAAAACUUCAUCCUCUUCGUAGUCGGAGAUGAAAGUAAUUUGCAGGGUAGACAAGAACAAAACCUUUCUUCUUGGUCAUAUAUGCAGAUGAGAGGACAAAGUUUCCAAGUCCUUGAAAUGGAAAAACCGCAUAUUGAGACCCCAAAAUCUCCUUUCGCUUUCUCUUCUCAUCGUAAGUCGCAUCUCAAAAGCGAAACUUAUCAUACUCUUGUUCGAAUUUUAUCCCAAUGUUACAAACAUCCUGAACUCUGCGAACCGGCCCCACCCCCUCAGCAGCUAAGAACAGUUUUGGUGGCAGACGAUCAGAGUAAUGAACAGGGAGGAGCAUCUGAAAAAGUUGUGUGCGAGAACAUUGAAUUGGCCACCCCUAGUGAAAUGGAUCACAAUAAUUCCUCCACUCGCAAUAGUUUGUCGGUUAAUGACAAAUUUGACUCUGUUGGCUUACAUGAUAAUACGUUUAGUGACACUCAAUUGGUGAUUAGUGAGAUAGAGAACAUCAUGAGAAUAGAAGAAGGUGACCAUCGUUCUAAACAAAAUGAUGGUACUAACGAGACUGAUUUGCAAGAUCAAGGAUUUGGUGAGUUGCAGCACUUUCUAAUGGAUGAAUUAGAGCAUUUAAUGAAAGGGGAUGAAGAAGUUUCUAGUGAUAAAAAUUGCAAUUUCACGAUGACAUCAUUGGGUGGGAAUCUUAACCAGAGUCAUAGUGAAGCAGUUGCAUUAUCUAAUGACCGAGAACAUUUGGAUCUUCAAGCAAUUGUAAUGGAGGAAUGUGAGGUUACAGGUCAGCAACAAGUUGACAAAGGAUGCUCUAGUCGAAAGAUCCUUGAAAUCAUUGACUCAUCGUUAGAUACAAGUGUGGCUAGUGCUGUUUCAAAAUUGACAGAUAAUAGUGACGAUAGAACUUCUGUGUUGACGACUAAUGAAUUAGAAGCCAAUCAUGAAAUGCAGAAAAAAGACAUGGAAUCAGGGAAACCAGUUUGUACCAGUAUUACUGUGGGUUCUCCUAAUCAUGUCAUUGAAGAUGCUGAAGUAGAAGAGGGACAGGUUUCUGGUGAGUUUGAGGUCAAUGGAAAAUUAAUUGACGUGUUUUCUGAAGAUAUUGCAGCAUCCCAGGAGCAGAAGAAGCAACUUGCUGAAGAAGUUAGAAAUGAGAUGGUCCAUAAACGUAAAGUUGUUGUUUAUGAAGAUCCUAUAUUUGCUGAAGAGUCACAUGGAUUUAAGAAACAAAAGAAAGGUUCUGAAACCAAGGAGACAAAGAAGGGAAGCAGAACCAAGGGAAAGAAGAAAGGUAAUACUGGUUCUAAUAACUUGGGAUUGUCUGCCAAAAAAUCAGAUCAAAAUACAACUUUAAGCCAAGGAAUUAUACGUAAAGAGAAGCUGCCACAGGAUGCUGGUCUAUGCAAUAAGCAAAAGCGGGGAACUCCUUCCGAGCAAAAGAAAGUGAAGAAAAAGGAAGCAAAACGAAAGAAACGAGCACAAAAGAAUCGAGAACUUGGUGUCAAGAGGCUGAAACUACGUCCAGUAGAGAAACCAAAAACUGUGAUAUACUGUCGCCAUUACAUCAACGGGAGAUGCUAUGAGGGCGAAAAAUGCAAGUUUUCACAUGAUACAAUACCAGUGACAAAAUCCAUGCCCUGUUCUCAUUUUGUACAUCGCAUGUGCUUGAAAGGGGAUGAUUGUCCAUUUGACCAUGAGCUCUCCAAGUAUCCAUGUACUAAUUAUGUGACAACAGGUUCUUGCAGCAGAGGUGAGGGUUGCAUGUUUUCACACAAGUUACCUCUCAAGGAUGAUCUUCCAUCUAAUUCAAAUGCUUGCACUCCUGAACUGAAGCCUGCAUCCUUGAUGAGCAUUUCAAAUUGUAAGAAGCAACUUGAUAGUGGUGGAACUUCCCAUAACACCAUCAAAGCUUCUCCUGACAGUGUGGGAAAUAUUUCUCGGAAAAAUCCAGAACAAAAUUUAGCCAAGAGUGUUCCAAGUGCCCCUGUGCCAGUACCAAAAGGCAUUAGAUUUUUCUCUGCUGGAAAGUCAUGUGUUACUAAAUCUAAUCCUUCUGCACUGGGUGGUUCAGCUGUCACAAGGAAUGAAGGGUUCAAAGCUGGAUGUCAGACAGAUCAAAAUGCAUCUGGCACAGUUCAAAUUUCAAAUGAGAUUCCAAGGGGAACUCCAGCUGUUGUGACACCCAAGGGGAUAAAUUUCCUUUCCUUUGGCAAACCUCCAUCAGGAUUUUCCAGCACUAGGAAAUUAACAAGCAAUACUGGUGCUAAGUUAUCUUUACCAAACAAUUUUAGUGUGAUUAAGCGAUCUAUCUCACAUAUAAACUUGGGUAAUAGCAUCCAAGCUAGCAACGAAACGAGCCAAAGUGUGUCAAACACAUCUCCUUGGUUGAAUAAGAUGCUGCAAACUGAAUUUGCAAUGGAAACUCAGAAGUCAAAAAUUUUGUCAUUCGGAGAAUCUUCAACAGAUGGUCCCAAAAGUACUACACAAGGUAGCUUGCCCUCCAGUUCAGCCACAUGUGUUGGUAGAUCCGCUCAAGCAAGUGAAAUUGCACCCAACAAGUGUGAGAAUUCAAGUGCAAUUUCACAGGAACGAUCAAUUUCUCCACUUGGUUUAGGUCACUCUGCAGAUUACUCCGCACCUGCAUGCUUAAAAAACACACCAAAUUCAGUUCAGAAGGCACUGAUAUCAACUCUUGCAUUUGCGGCAAAGGUUGAAUCUGGAAUGAAGAUGAAGCAAUCCACCAAUGGUGCUAUUGCUGUUGAUAGUGGAGUUGGCAAGGAAACUGCUAUGGCCAAAGGUCCACAGAAUAACUCAGCAAAAGCAUAAAAAAAUUUGGAUUUAUAUCUAGUAUUGGCGGUAAAAUGACACAGUAAAUAGGAGCUUGGAACAUAACCUGAUAUAAGUUGUGCCGUAUGUGAGAAUCAUGGAGCUAAAUCUUAAGCUUUGGGCACCCGAAACACCUCACGAAAUAGAGAAGGCCAUUUCCUGGUCAUUUAGCAAUUGAUGGUUCAGUUUUACCCUUUCCAUCUGCAGCAUUGCUUGACAAGAUUCAGCUGGCUGCAGCAGCCUUGGCAGAUUCUCCGAUGGUAUCACUGCCGAAUCCUAGCUUAUUUCCAGACAACAUGGAAGUCUAUUUACCAGAGAACGUUGCUUUGCUUUCUGCUUCAUAAUGGAAGAAGUUGCCGUGGCUGUACAUAUUUUACACUGUUAGUUUGUCAAUCAAAUGCUCUAGCAACUAGCCAGGUUAACAUUAACAAAAAUCUCAUUCCUGGUCUGUCAUGAAAUUGUUCUGCUAAUAGCAGUAGGUUAUAUCAUGAACAUAUCUUAUAAAUAUUGGAUGAUAUUUAUUUUGAAUUGAAAUUUAGAAUUAAUUUUUAUUUAUUAUAA